AACAGCUGAGGGGGAGGAGACGGUGGUGACCAUGAGCGGCGCCAGGCUGACAGCACUGGAAACCGAAUUACCAGCUGUCCUCAGAACAGUCUGGUAGUGGCACCAAUGAAGAGCCUUCAGCGUCUGUAACGAACGUCCUGGACCCGGCACAGCACGUCUGUGUGGGAAAAUGGCCCAACAAGCCAACCUCGGGGAGCUGCUCUCCAUGCUGGACUCCCCGGUGCUGAGCGUGCGUGAUGACGUCACGGCCGUCUUUAAAGAGAACCUCAAUGCUGACCGUGGUCCGAUGCUUGUGAACACCUUGGUGGAUUAUUACCUGGAAACCAGUUCUCAGCAAGUAUUGCACAUCCUGACUACCUUGCAAGAGCCACACGAUAAGCAUCUCUUGGACAAAAUGAAUGAAUAUGUGGGCAAAGCCGCCUCUCGGUUAUCCACGCUCUCGUUACUGGGACACGCCAUCCGGCUGCAGCCGCCCUGGAAGCAUAAGCUCUCUCAAGCACCUCUCUUGCCUUCUCUGCUAAAAUGUCUCAAGGUGGACACUGAUGUCAUCGUCCUCACGACCGGCGUCCUAGUGCUGAUCACCAUGCUGCCCAUGAUCCCGCAGGCAGGCAAGCAGCACCUCCACGACUUCUUUGACAUUUUUGGCCGGCUUUCGUCGUGGUGCCUGAAGAAACCAGGCCACGUGGCGGAAAUCUACCUGGUCCAUCUCCACGCCAGUGUCUACGCCCUCUUCCAUCGCCUCUACGGGAUGUACCCUUGCAACUUCGUCUCCUUCCUGCGCUCCCACUACAGCAUGAAGGAGAACCUGGAGACCUUCGAGGAAGUGGUCAAGCCAAUGAUGGAGCAUGUGCGGAUCCACCCGGAACUGGUGACCGGAUCCAAGGACCAUGAACUGGACCCUCGGAGGUGGAAGAAGUUAGAAACCCAUGAUGUUGUAAUCGAGUGUGCCAAAAUCUCUCUGGACCCUACAGAAGCCUCGUAUGAAGAUGGCUAUUCUGUGUCUCACCAAAACUCAGCCCGCCUGCCCCCUCGUUCAGCCGACGUCACCGCAAGCCCUUACGUGGACGCACAGAACAGCUUUGGUAGGAGGGACUCCGGGAGCGUGACUUCCACCCCUCACUCCGCGUCCCGGCCGAUAUCCAGCACGCCAGGGCAGCUACCUCCGCCUCUGAGUUCCCCUGCGCCACGGCUGUCAGCCGAGGCCCCGCAAGCUACUACUCUCUGGAGCCCAUCUCUGGUGUGCGGCAUGGCCACGCCUCCCACUUCUCCUGGAAACGUGCCGCCUGACUGCUCCCAGCCCUACAGUAAAGCCUUUGGUGCCCCUGGUGGAAAAGGAACUCCCUCGGGAACCCCGGCGACCUCUCCUCCGCCCGCCCCGCUCUGCCCUUCGGAUGACUGCGUGCACGGCCCGCUCCCCCCGCCCACAGCCACACCCCCCCGGAAGGAGGAGAAAACAGAUCCGGCCCGGCCCUGUCUGCACAGACAGCACCACCUUCCCAACGACCGCGGGCUAGAAGAACUUCCUGGCAGCAAAGAACUUCCUCUCAGUGACCUUCCGGGGUUCUUAGGCGGCCUGGCCUCCGAAGAAGACAGCAUUGAAAAGGACAAAGAAGAAGCGGCAAUUUAUAAAGAACUUUCUGAGAUCACAACGGCCGACACUGAGCCUCUGGUUCCUCGAGGAGGCUUCGACUCUCCCUUCUACCAGGACAGUCUCCUGGGCUGUCCGAGGAAGACCCCGUCAGCCACCGCCAGCGCUCAGGGCGCCAGUGUGCACCCCGAGCCUCUCAACUCGUCCCUGGACAAGCUGGGGCCCGACACACCAAAGCAAGCCUUCACCCCCAUCGAGCUGCCCUGCGGGGGCCUCGACGAGAGUCCUGCCGGGAGCAGGGAGCGCCAGACCCCUCUGGAGACCAGGAUCCUCACGCCCAGCCCUUUCAGAGUUCCGUCUCAGAGGGGCGCGGGCUUCGGCAGUGGGCAGCCUCCGCCCUACGAUCAUCUCUUUGAGGUGGCACUGCCCAAGGCUGCCCACCAUUUUGUCAGCACGAAGACCCAGGAGCUCGUCAAGAAGGUGCCAGGAAGCGCGGAGGGAGCCUGGGUGCCCUCUGCCUCCCCCCUGGAGGUGCUGGACAGGCUGAUCCAGCAGGGCGCUGACGCGCACGGCAAGGAGCUGAGCAGGUUGUCUCUACCCAGCAAGUCUGUCGACUGGACCCACUUUGGAGGCUCUCCUCCCUCAGAUGAGAUCCGCACCCUCCGUAACCAGCUGCUUUUACUGCACAACCAGUUGCUCUAUGAGCGCUUUAAGCGGCAGCAGCACGCUGUCCGGAACAGGCGGCUCCUCCGCAGGGUGAUCCGGGCGGCGGCUCUGGAGGAGCACAACGCGGCGAUGAAAGACCAGUUGAAGUUACAGGAGAAGGACAUCCAGAUGUGGAAGGUCAGUCUGCAGAAAGAGCAAGCCAGGUGCAGCCAGCUCCAGGAGCAGCGGGACACGAUGGUCGCCCAGCUGCACAGCCAGAUCCGGCAGCUGCAGCACGACCGGGAGGAGUUCUACAACCAGAGCCAGGAGCUGCAGACCAAGCUGGAGGACUGCAGGAACAUGGUGGCGGAGCUGCGCCUGGAGCUGAAGAAGGCCAACAGCAAGGUGUGCCACACGGAGCUGCUGCUCAGCCAGGUGUCUCAGAAGCUCUCCAACAGCGAGUCGGUGCAGCAGCAGAUGGAGUUCCUCAACAGGCAGCUGCUCGUGCUCGGCGAGGUCAACGAGCUGUACUUGGAGCAGCUGCAGAACAAGCACUCGGACACCACCAAGGAAGUGGAGGUGAUGAAGGCUGCGUACCGGAAAGAGCUGGAGAAGCACCGGAGCCACGCGCUCCAGCAGAGCCAGAGGCUCGACACCUCCCAGCGGCGCGUGCUGGAGCUGGAAGCUCAGCUGGCCAAGAAGGACCACCUCCUCGUGGAGCAGAAGAAGUACCUGGAGGACGUCAAGCUCCAGGCCAGAGGCCAGCUGCAGGCCGCCGAGAGCCGGUAUGAGGCUCAGAAACGAAUCACCCAGGUGUUUGAGCUGGAGGUCUUAGACUUGUACGGCAGGUUGGAGAAAGAUGGCCUCCUGAGAAAACUUGAAGUUGAAAGAACAGAAGCAGCGGAAGCAGCAGAAGAAAGGCUGGACUGCUGCAACGACAGCGGCUCGGGUCCCGUGAGAGGGCACAGCGACGCGGUGUCGGGCCACAACGGGGAGACCAGGCCCCCCCGACCUGGCAGCACCCGGGGCGGCGGGGGCGGCAGCAGCAGCAGCAGCAGCAGCAGCCAGCUCUCCACGCCGGAGAAGCCCCCGGCCCAGCGGGCAGGCCCGUUCAGCAGCCGCUGGGAAACGGCCGUGGGCGAGCCCUCCGCCAGCAUCCCCGCGACGGUGGGCUCCCUUCCGAGUUCCAAAAGCUUCCUGGGCAUGAAGGCGCGAGAGCUGUUUCGGAACAAGAGCGAGAGCCAGUGCGACGAGGACGGUGUGACCAGCAGCAGCCUUUCUGAGACGCUCAAGCCGGGUGUGGACGCGGGGGUGGAGGCCAAGGCCCCCCUGAGCCCCGACGGCCCGCGCCCAGCGCUGCCCAGCCCGGACAGUGUGGGGCAGCUCCGCAUCAUGGACUACAACGAGGCUCACCAGGAGCACAGCUGAGCUGGCGCCAAUCAGUGUUAACUCCUUAGGCUGGGCAGGAGGGCGGGCGUGUCCGAGGUCGCUGCUCGCAGGGCCUGAGAGGCCGGCUCAGGGCGGAAGUGGGGUGGAGGCCUUUUGACAGCUGCCUGAGUGCGGAACGGUUUUUGGAUCUGGCGUGGAAAUGCCUCUUCCCUCCCGCCCCGCCCCCCCCCUCCCGCCCCCAUUGACCUCGCAGCGUGUACUAACCGAGGGCCAGUUUGCAUUCCUCACCGCUUGGUUUUCUUCCUCCCCCCAAGGUUGUGCCCUUUGAACCAGUGCAAUAUGAGGCCAAAUUCCUCUAACACCACUCCUCCCUGCAGCCCGGAGAGCGGGCUGCGCCGUUAGCCAGGUGGCAGGUGGCGCCAGGUCAUCUGCUCGCCCUCGCCAGGAGGCAGCGUGUAAGCUGGCGUCUUUUUUGCUGGUUUUGGUGUGAAGUUCAGCAUCUAAGUCGGUGGGUUAAAAGAACAACGGUUCAGUCCCCUCCCGUCCUGGCGGUUCCGAUAAGCUCCCCAGAGGGUCUGUGAACAAAGGUCUGUUGGAAAGUCGGAGCUGGCGCUGCGGGGACCGGGUCUCCCCUUCGGGACGCUCUGUCCCCUUCCCCACUACCUCUUAUUUAUUUGGUGUUUGCUCGAAAGCUGGUACUGGUCUGACCACAGGCUGGUGUGGGGCAACCUGCUGUCUGCGGCGGAAGGUGGUGGGGAGGAGCCGCCUCCAGGCAGGGCUGUGCUGGCCGAGCCUGGGUGGCUGUCCGUCCGUGUGUCCUGGGCACCUCUGUCAGCUUCUCUGUGGCGCCGCAGCAGGACGGCUCUGAGGGGCCCCAGAGCUGCCUCUCAGCCCCUGCGACCUUGUUUCUCAGGGUUCAGAGCUCCUCACUAAGUCGGUUCCAGGCCACCAAAGAGGUAACAGCUUUUACACCAGUUCGGGGACCCCCGGCUGCCGCCCAGUGUGCUCGGGCAGUGGCCCCGGCCAGAGCACUGGCUGGCAGAGUGGAACUCGGCAGAUGCUCCUGAAAUAAACGCCGGAAGCCUGAGAA